GUCAUCUGGAGUUAGUUAACAACAGACCAGUGUGAUUAAGUCAUAAAGAAUAAAAAUGAAAAUUCAAAUUAUUUUCCUUAUUGUCUGUGUGGUUGCUUCAUUUGCACAACCCGAGGGCCACAGAUCCGCUAGCGAUGAACUGAGUGGACAAGGUGAACAACAGCAACAAAAUGAAAAUACCAUCGAAGGUGCAGCUACCGAGGAUGACGAACUAGCCGAUAGCCAAGAGGAAAACGUGAAUUCAUCAAAUGAAACAUCAGUUGCCGAGGGACGUCGAUGCAAUAAUUGGAAAUGGCGUAGACACAAUCGACGAUAUUGGUUGAGACGUGAAAAAGAAAUGCGUCGUAUGAACAUUAGUGAUAGUGACGAUUCGAAUGACGGAGAGCGUAGGCAGCCAGUUACAUCUACCUGCCUGGAAACACAAACGAUGCCUCAGAACGAGAGAACCGGCAACGAAGGCAGUCAUCACAGACACAGACCCAGUCAUCGUCAUCACCAUCAUCAUCACAGAAAUCGAACGAACACAACUACAUUGCCAGAAGUAACAAACACUACAACGUCGAACGCACCAUCACUGGUUGAACCAUUACAAGAGAUACAAGUUCCGACCACUAUUAUUUGAUGUUCUACACCAAGCAUCCAGGUGUUUAAAGAACUACGAAAUUCUACUAGUUAUGUACUUUCAAUGAAAUAAAUAAAUAUUGAGGAAAAAAUAAGCAAAA